AUGGUGCAAGAUCCUCGCGAGACCCAGCUGGAGCUGGCGCCCAAGAACCGCGUCGCCAUCUUCUACGAGAACGGUGGACCGGACAAGAUCUCGAUCAAGGACAUCGACAAUGUCAAGCAAUCCGAGCUCAAUCCCGGCGAGGUGCUUGUUCGGGUCCUCUUCACGGGUGUCUGCCACUCGGACCUGCACGCACUUCAGGGCGACUGGCCCUUCCCACCCAAACUGCCCCUCAUCGGCGGACACGAAGGAGCCGGAAUCGUCGUCGCUCUCGGACAGGGUGCUUCCGAGUACGUCCAGGUCGGCGAUCGCGUCGGCAUCAAAUGGAUCGCCGACGCCUGCCUCAAUUGCGAAUACUGUCGAUUGUCGCACGAGAUCAACUGCCCGCAGUACAAGCCCAGCGGAUAUGCGGUCGAUGGAACCUUCCAACAAUACGUCCGACACACCGCCCGUUACCUGACCAAGAUCCCCGAUGGAUUGGAGCUCUCCCAAGCUGCUUCGAUCCUCUGUGCUGGAGUGACGAUCUAUCGCGCGCUCAAAGAGGCAUCCUUGCAACCCGGUAACUGGGUGGUCAUUCCCGGAUCCGGUGGUGGACUGGGUCACCUCGGCGUCCAGUACGCUCGCAACGCCGGUCUACGCGUAAUUGGAAUCGACACAGGCUCCGAAAAGCAAACCAUGUCGCAGCAACUAGGCUGCGAAGUAUUCAUCGAUUUCAAGACCACCUCGGACGUCGCCACCGCCAUCAAAGACGCUACGGGAGGCAUCGGCGCCCACGCCGCCGUCGUAGCAGCCGCCAGCCCCGCAGCCUACGAACUCGCCCUCGACUACAUCAGACCCAGAGGCACACUAGUCAUCGUUGGAAUGCCCAACUCCAUCCUACCUGUGUCCAUCUUCAAGACAGUACUCAUGACGCACAAGAUCGUAGGCUCCGCCGUCGGCAACAGACAGGAUGCGGUGGAAGCACUCGAAAUCGCAGCACGAGGUAUGGUCAAGGUCCACUUCACUCUCAAGGGUUUGAGCGACCUUCCCAGCGUGUUUGAGGAUAUGAUCCAGGGCAGGAUCGCUGGGAGGAUCGUGUUGGAUGUUGAUAAGUGA